CUGCUGAAGAUGAGAAAAUAAAGAAAAAGAAAAGGAUUUCCUCAAAAGAAAAAAGAAAAACAAAAUGAAACCUCACAUUAUCCAUUACCAGUGUAAGGGGGUUUGGGGUUUUACCUGAAAAUCAUUUCAACAUUUCUCUGCUAACUUCUCAAAUUCAAGCGGAAAUUAUCUGAGCAACCCCAACACAUAGUUCGAUAAAUUCCUCCUCUCAAGUCAUUUGUUGUCUGGUUUGAUUAGUGGUGUUAGUCAGAUUCUUCAAUGGCUCUACACGCGAUGGAGCCAAUUCACCACACAUCGCGGCUGCAAGCUCUGUUUUCGCCUUCUUAUGAGAGAUGUUUGAUGAGGCUCCCUUCCUAUUCCGGGGCUUCUCUGACACGGCAAAGCAGUCGUUGCUGCAUUUUGGAUUCCUCCAAUAUGAGGCGUGUAAAGAAAUUCACAAGGCCACCAGUGAUGGGUAUUGGCAACAGAGGCGGUCGGGUAAAUGUUUCCAAAGUGGAGGAGCUGCUACAGAUGGGUGAUGGGGAUGGAGACGACGACGAAAAAGAAGAAUCGGGUGGGAAGGAUGGAGAUCAGGAUUCAUUUGUUAUGGACGAAGAUGAGAGAAAGGAGUGGAGGCAGAAGAUAAGAGAGGUCAUGAGUAGGAUUCCUGAGGAUGCUGACGAGGAGACUGAUAUGCUAGAGAAGAGGAAACGGAUGCAGAAGCUUCUAGCGGAGUACCCUCUUGUCGUUGAGGAGGAGGAUCCGAAUUGGCCUGAGGAUGCCGAUGGCUGGGGUUUCAGCUUGGGUCAAUUCUUCAACAAGAUCAGCAUAAAGAAUGUCAAAAAGGACGACGAUGAGAAUUAUGACAGUGAGAAUGAAAUAGUAUGGAAGGAUGAUGAUUAUAUUCGUCCGAUCAAAGACAUAACAACUGCAGAGUGGGAAGAGGCUAUCUAUAAGGACAUCAGCCCUUUAGUUGUUCUUGUUCAUAACCGUUACAAAAGACCAAAGGAGAACGAGAGGAUCCGGGAAGAAAUAGAGAAAGCUGUGCAGAUCAUAUGGAACUGCAGGCUACCAUCACCAAGAUGUGUCGCAGUAGACGCUAACACCGAGUUUGAUUUGGUCUCCGCUCUGCAAGUAUCUGUUUUCCCAGAGAUCAUUUUCACUAAAGCAGGCAAAAUUUUAUACCGUGAGAAAGCAAUCCGAACAGCUGAUGAGUUGUCCAAGAUAAUGGCUUUCUUUUACUUCGGAGCAGCCAAGCCCCCGUGUCUACCCGGGGUUAAGAACAUGGAAGAAGCAAUUCCUACAGUUGAACCACAGAAGCCAAUGUCAGUAGAACGUGGCACGUAGAUAUAAUUGCCUCUUGGAUGUAUGCCGGCUCCAUCUGGCCAGUCAAUGGAAAUCUUACUCCCUUGAAGUCUGCACACUCGGGUUUUGAAGAUUUUCUGAAUGACAAAUGGGAACCCGAAUGAGCUGGGUGCCGGUUCCUUUGUUUCUGCUAGUUCACGUAUAUAUAAUGUUAUUAGUUGGAUACUUUCAUACCUGCAUUUUGUGAUAGCUCGUAGGCCUAUAGACUCAUUGUAACUAGGUCUAUAGGUUGCUACCGUGCACAUAAAGAUUGCUUAGUCAUUUCCUUGUUAGUUUUCGAAAGCUUUUCUUCUCACCUAGAAUUAGCUGAUUGAAAUGGAACUUUUGAAUUUACAUUAAUAUGAAAAGGUGAUGGUGCUAGAGUUGAUCU